CCGACUUCAGUACUAACUUAGAAGUUGAUAAUCUCAUUCGCAGCGCUUCAGCUAUCGAUAAUCUCAUUCGUGGACAGCACCGCAAAUCGCGAGGCGAACAAUCAUCGCCGGUGCGUGUAGCAUCCGCAGCACCGUAGUAGUAGCGCGGGCAAGGGGACUCUCGUGGGAAGAGCUAUCGCGUGGGAAGAGCCGCCGACCAUGGCUGAGCGGCUGGUCCCACUAAAGCGGCUCCGGCUGGCGCUCUCUUCGCAGGCGGCAGGUAGCGGAGGUUCAGCAGCAAGCAGACACGGCGCUGACGGGGGGAGCAGCGGCGGAGGCAAGACAGGCGGAAGCGCUGGCGGAAGCGGGAGCGGAAGCGGAAUCGGAAGCGGGAUGGCGGAAAGCGGGCGGCAGCCUAAAGUGGUUCUGUCGAAUGAGGCACUUUCCAUGGCCCAGCGCAUGCUGGCACGAAUGGCAGAAGACAGGGCAGAGGCGAACGAAGGUGCAGAGGGACCAGCUACUACUGGAGGAAGUGGAGCUUAUAACGGGGCUGCUUUUAGAGAGUCAGAGCUGACUGGUGGAGAUGCUCUGGAGGCGAUGGCACGUCCACCCAGACUGGGCCUGGGCGCGCGCUUUGUCUCCCACAACCAAGCCAUGGGCACUGGAGGCAUGGGAGGAGCGGGUGGGAAAGGGGGAGUUGGAGGAGGAGGGGGCUGGAGGGAAGGCGUGGCGCAGUCUGCAGCAAGGACUGCUGCUGCCGUGGAGGAAAGACUUGCGGCUAGAUUAGGUGGGAGAGGAGGGAAGUGGGGGGGUAGGAGAAGGGAGGAGGAGGAGAGGUGGGGAGGAGAGGGAGAUGGGGAUGGGAGUGACGAGGAAGGGGAGGAAGAGAGCCGGGCUGGGAGGUUCGGGAGGAGGGGUGAUGCUAGUAAUACAGAUGCACCUGGUGGGAAGAAGAGAAAGAUCAAAUGAUAGAUUUUGAUGUGUUUGUUGAAAAGCAAUCAGCAACUGGGGCGUGUUCAGUCGCGUAAACCUUCCCCGGAACCCCUCUCGAGGAUGUAGGGGCACAGGGCUCAGACGCAACUUGCAACGAAACGCCGGAUAUUGCGUCAAGUGAGAACACGCUACGACUGGGGGCAUCUCUCAAGCACUUUACCUUACGCGCCAAGAGACUCCGGGCCUGAACAAAGGAACUCAUACCGUAAUCUCCCGGCAUGAUCACCCUAGGGCUUCUGGGAAAUUCACCGAAAUUCGUUUGGGUGGACAUAUUAAAGGGAGGUAAUUAUUAAGACCCAUAUAUCAAACAUGUGUAUUUGUCAUGUUUGUAUAGACUGUAUAGGGUCGCUUCUUAGAGAGUACAACACUUAGGUAUAUCU